AUUCCCUUCUUACAUGGCUUUUUUGUACUUUGCCACAUGACCCCAUUUCAGAUUUCACCCAUUUUUGUUACCACUAGUAUAAAUAGAAGUACUACACUACAACAGUAGUAUUUAUUGUUAUCACUUCUUUUCUCUCUGUUCUUUCUUCACCAUUUACAGAAAUCCCAAAAGCUUCAAUUCCUUCAAAUCUCAACCCUUUUAUGGUUAAAUUAUUCGAUCCUUUUUUUGGUAACAAAAUAUUUGGUAAAGUUAUUAGUGGUUUAUAAUUAAGGCAAAUCAUAGUGAUUAAUCCUUAAUUAUCCCACAAAUAAGGUAGAACAGAAUCAGUGCUUCAAAGAACUUUCCUCCUAUUUUGGUAAUUUCCAUGCUAGAGGGCCUUCCCCUUCUCUCUCUUAUAGCCCCUUCUACAAGCUUUUUCAGAGUAGCCCAAGUAAACCUCUGUUUCUCUCUCUACUUUUCUCUCUCUACAUUCUCUCUCUAGAUUCUCUCUCUUCUGUCUUCUUCUAUUGGCUUCUUUGCCUCUUUUUGCUGCAAUUGUUGUGGAAUGUUGUAGUGAAUUGAAGUUUUUGUUUGUUUUUAAAACAAUUUCUGCAAUAUUUUUGCUCUGUUUUUGGUGGAUCUGCUAGUGUAAUCUUCUGGGUAGUUGUGCAAUUGAAAGAAUCUUGCACACAAAUGGCUGAAACUGGUGUGAAAUUGUGAAAAAAAAUCCUGAUUUUAGGAUCUGGGGUUUUCUGGGUUUUUUCUAAUUUGAAGGAAAAAUCAAAACUUCAUAAAUUAUUGUAAGAAAAAAAAAGCCCCCCAAAAAAUGGUGCCUGGUAUAGAUAUGAGUAAAUGGUGGGCAAAAGAAGAGAGAAAGGGAACACCAGUGAUAGUAAAAAUGGAGAAUCCAAAUUACUCAUUGCUAGAAAUUGAGUCACCAGAUUCAGCAUUUAGGGCAGUUGAUAAAGAUAGAGGUAAAAAUGCAAAGCAAUUGACAUGGGUUAUACUGCUUAGGGCCCACAAAGCAGCAGGUUGUGUAGCUUGGCUUGGAAAUGGGGUUUGGUCAUUGCUAAGUACAAUUAAAAAGAGGUUGAUUUUAGGUGAAGGUGUUAAAAUGGAGAAUGACAAAUCUGGCAAGGGGAAGUUAUUGUACAGAAUAAUUCUGGGUUUUCUUAUUACUGCACUUGCAUUCUUGGCAUUUGAGUUGUUUGCACAUUUCAAUGGCUGGCAUUAUUACCUUCAAUCAACCAGUUUACAACACAUGAUACCUCGAACAAUCGAGAUUCAAGGGUUGCUCCAUGAGGUGUAUGUAGGUUGGGUCAAUUUUCGGGUCGGGUAUAUUGCCCCUUUGAUCCAGUCUCUAUCCACCUUCUGUGUGGUUCUUUUCAUGAUUCAGUCCCUUGAUAGGUUGGUGCUUUGUUUUGGGUGUUUUUGGAUUAAGAUGAAAAAGAUUAAGCCUCAGUUUCAAGCUGAACCUUUUAAGUCUGAUGAUGCUGAGAAUCCUGGCUCCUUUCAUCCUAUGGUUCUUGUUCAGAUUCCAAUGUGUAAUGAAAGAGAGGUCUAUGAACAAUCAAUUUCAGCAGUUUGUCAACUUGAUUGGCCAAAAGACAGGAUUCUUAUACAAGUUCUAGAUGAUUCUGAUGAUGAAACUAUCCAAUGGUUGAUUAAGAGUGAAGUCUCAAAGUGGAGUCAAAAGGGUGUUAACAUUAUCUACCGACAUCGUUUGGUUAGGACUGGUUAUAAAGCUGGUAAUCUUAAGUCUGCUAUGAACUGUGAUUAUGUUAAAGAUUAUGAGUUUGUUGCCAUUUUCGAUGCUGAUUUCCAGCCUAAUCCCGAUUUCCUUGAGCAAACUGUCCCACAUUUUAAGGGAAAUCCAGAAAUUGGAUUGGUUCAAGCAAGGUGGACAUUUGUGAACAAAGAUGAGAACUUGCUAACUAGGCUUCAGAAUGUUAAUCUUUGCUUUCACUUUGAAGUGGAGCAACAGGUUAAUGGCAUGUACCUCAACUUCUUCGGAUUUAAUGGAACAGCCGGAGUUUGGAGGAUCAAAGCGUUGGAGGAGUCCGGUGGAUGGCUCGAGAGGACGACUGUUGAAGAUAUGGACAUUGCUGUUCGUGCUCAUCUCCAUGGCUGGAAAUUCAUCUACCUUGAUGAUGUCAGGGUUUUGUGUGAACUUCCUGAAUCUUAUGAAGCAUACAGAAAACAGCAACACAGGUGGCAUUCCGGUCCAAUGCAGCUCUUCCGUUUAUGUCUUCCGGCCAUCUUAAGCUCUAAGUUAUCAUCAUUGAAGAAAGCAAACCUGAUCCUACUAUUCUUUCUUCUAAGAAAACUGAUCCUGCCAUUCUAUUCCUUCACAUUGUUCUGCAUCAUUCUUCCCUUAACCAUGUUCGUCCCAGAAGCCGAGCUACCAAUCUGGGUCAUCUGCUACAUACCCGUUUUCAUGUCAUUCCUAAACAUACUUCCUGCACCAGGAUCAUUCCCCUUCAUCGUCCCAUACCUACUAUUCGAGAACACAAUGUCCGUAACCAAAUUCAAUGCCAUGAUUUCCGGGUUAUUCCAAUUGGGUAGUUCGUAUGAGUGGAUCGUUACCAAAAAAGCAGGCCGAGCCUCAGAACCCGACCUAUUAGCCAUGGAAGAAAGGGAAACAAAGGCAAUGAAUCAACCACAAUUGUUCAGAGGUGCUUCCGAUAGCGGACUUUCUGAACUGACAAAACUGAAAGAACAUCAAGAAUCAACCCCUAAACCCGAUAAGAAGAAAACGAACAAAAUAUACAAGAAAGAGCUUACAUUAGCCUUCUUAUUACUCACUGCUGCUCUUAGGAGUCUGUUAUCUGCACAAGGUGUGCAUUUCUAUUUCCUACUAUUCCAAGGUGUUACUUUCCUCCUUGUUGGGUUGGAUUUGAUCGGCGAGCAAAUGAGCUGAGAAAAAUAACAGAUCAUAUAUGGAAUACAGAUCAUCUACACAAUGCAGUUCAGUUCAGUUCAUCUAAUUUUCGCGAUCAAAGACCGAGUUCAUAGAUGCAAAUCGACUGCUAACGAGUACAGCUAUGAUUCAGAACAAGAGAAUCAUUUUCUCCUAUAGAUUUUUUUUUUUUCCUUAUAAGUUUUUUUUUUUCAACAUAGAAAUUACUGUGUCAAAUUAAUUUAUCAACUUAUUAUAGUGCUGUGAAUUUGUUUUCUUGGAGGGGGGGGGGGGGGGUUAAAAAUUGGUGAAAUAGGUAAAUUAUGGGGGGAUGAAAAAGAAAACCCAUAUAAAAGUCACCAAAGUAAAAAAAAAAAAAGUCAUUCUUUUGCUUUUGGAUCAUAUAAAGAUACUGGAGUUUGUUAUUAUUUGGUUACCAAAAUAUUCUACCAUCAGAAAUUGUAUGUAAGAACAUUGUAGAUUUUGAGUGAUGCUGAAGUUCAGUUCAGAUGCAUAAAUUAUAAUGUAUUAUGUAAAUCAUGAUACGGCUUAUUCUAAUACGAGUGUCUGACUCUCUCUAUA